GAAAAGCCAGUGCGAGAAUCAUUGCUGAACAAGUACAACGGUCCACGGACUCUUUCGGUCGCUGCCGUUGAUUGCAAACGGCAGUUGAUACACGGCCAACCAAGGAGGAGCCACACUCCCGACUUUUUCGCUCCGACGCGGAAAGUUAUGCCUCUUGCGUGCCAGCCAACUUUCUUGCUGCACAAACGCCAGAGGAUCAAGCGCUUUAUCAAUCCCUGCCAGGGAGGAUAGGCAAAAGCUGUUUGGCAAAGCGGAAAUUCAAAAGAUUGUUGGUCUUUUGUAAUUUCUGCUGGUUUCCAUCCCAGUCUUUGCCCUUGGCACUCUUGAGCUUACAACUCGACGAAACUUGAACGUCGCUGGGAAGCAAAGCUUUCGCUUUAAGGACCACAACAACUCGCGUGAACGCUCGAGAGAGAGAAUGAGCAUUUUCAGCAAAAUGUUCGGUAAAUAUCUGCUGCUCACCAACACAGUGAGCUGCGGUCUGAUGAUGGCAGCUGGCGACAUGAUGCAGCAACAUAGUGACUUCCUGAAGAGGCGUAUCAACAAAUCGUCAUCGAACGAGCCACCAUUGGCGAAAUCGAUCAGCGACGAGCAGCAGAGCUCGUCGGUGAAAUGCGACGACGGCUCGCUAGACGAGAGUCUGGUGAGAAUAGUAUCGAAAAGUGAAGUAGCCAGCGAAACGGCCGGCAGUUACGAUUACACGCGCACGAGAAAUAUGACGGCUGUAGGCUUGCUGCAGGGACCAUUCCAUCACUACUUUUACGCUGUUUUGGAGAAGGUCGUGCCUGGCAGAAGUACCACGUCGAUUUUCAAAAAGACCUUACUCGAUCAAACGAUAGCCAGUCCUACGUGUCUUGGGAUCUUCUUCUUUGGGCUGGGGGUCAUGGAAAACAAGAAUUUGCAAGAUAUCAAUGGAGAGGUCAAACUCAAACUGUAUGACACUUGGAAGGUGGAUUGUAUGUUCUGGCCACCUACGCAAUUCGUCAAUUUUCUGCUGGUGCCGAUGCGCUACCGCGUCAUGUAUAUCAACUUUAUGACGAUGAUAUACGACAUCUUUUUAUCAUUUAUGAAAUAUGAUGCAGAAUUCCUGUGAGCAACUUGUGAAUAUAGAACGUCAUAGCUGUAGACACGCACGAAUCAUGGUUCAAAAUUUCCUAUCGUCGUCGAUCGCUUAUCAGUACAAGAAUUGGCCUGCCGGGAAACCUAUAAGCAUCAGCUAACUCCAAUAGGACAAUGGAAAAUUUUCACUCGAGAUUGUUCCGCAUUGACAAAGAAGCUUCAGAUCCCAACACAAGUACAUACGAGUCAUGCAGCACAAGCACGAGACAGAAAUGUAGUUGCUUAAUUGUCAUGUCUCGUGUUCGAAUCAUUCAAAUUUAUAAACUAAUGUGAAACGUGUCGUUUUGUAUCUUUAUUUGAAAACAAUAAAAACGCUGUUUCACUUUUAUGAUAAA